GUUGCUACUCUGAGUAUUACGGUAUUUCUACCACGCCCCCUUUUGCCUCACUCUCCGCGUUGAUUGGUCGUCACUGUAGUCACGUGUCCAGGGAACAGCGGAAGAAGAGGCCGCAGAAAAUAGGAUCCUUGCAUCUGUCAUCAUGCAGAGCACCACUAACUAUCUGUGGCUGAUCUCAGACCUGCUGGGUCAGGGAGCCACAGCCAAUGUUUACAGAGGAAGACACAAGAAAACGGGCGACCUGUACGCAGUGAAGGUGUUCAACAACCUGAGCUUCCUGCGGCCGCUGGACGUCCAGAUGAGAGAGUUCGAGGUCCUGAAGAAACUGAACCACAAGAACAUCGUGAAGCUGUUCGCCGUGGAGGAGGAGUCCAACACCCGGCACAAGGUGCUGGUGAUGGAGUAUUGUCCGUGUGGAAGUCUCUACACCGUCCUCGAGGAAUCCUCCAACGCAUACGGACUGCCGGAGGACGAGUUCCUCAUCGUGCUGCACGACGUCGUGGCGGGGAUGAACCACCUGAGGGAGUACGGCAUCGUGCACAGAGACAUAAAGCCAGGGAACAUCAUGCGAGUGAUCGGAGAGGGCGGGCGCUCCAUCUACAAACUGACCGACUUCGGAGCGGCUCGAGAGCUGGAGGACGACGAGCAGUUUGUGUCUCUGUACGGGACAGAGGAGUACCUGCAUCCGGACAUGUACGAGCGAGCUGUUCUGAGGAAGGAUCACCAGAAGAAGUACGGAGCGACGGUGGAUCUGUGGAGCAUCGGAGUCACUUUCUACCACGCAGCGAGCGGCAGCCUCCCCUUCAGACCGUUCGAGGGGCCACGGCGCAACAAGGAGGUCAUGUAUAAAAUCAUCACAGAGAAACCUUCAGGAACGAUCUCCGGUCACCAGAAGAGUGAGAACGGGAAGAUCGAGUGGAACACCGAGAUGCCCGUCUCCUGCAGCCUCUCCAAGGGUCUUCAGAGCCUUUUGACCCCGGUGCUCGCCAACAUCCUGGAGGCGGAUCAGGAGAAAUGUUGGGGAUUCGAUCAGUUCUUCGCCGAAACGAACGACAUCCUUCAUCGAACCAUCGUCAACGUGUUCAGCCUUCAACAAGCAACGCUGCACCAUAUCUACAUCCACCAGUACAACACGGCGUCGCUGUUCCAGGAGCUGUUGUCUCGGCGCUGCAGUAUCCCGCUCCACCACCAGGAGCUGCAUUACGAGGGCCGCCGCCUCGUGCUUGACCCGAACCGCCAGGCGCAGGUUUUCCCCAAAACAUCCCGAGAAAACCCGAUCAUGCUGCUGAGCCGCGAGGCCGUCGCCACCGUGGGGCUCAUCUUCGAGGACCCGAGUCCCCCGAAAGUUCAGCCUCGCUACGACCUGGACCUCGACGCCAGCUACGCUAAGACGUUUGCUGGAGACGUGGGUCACCUGUGGAAAACCUCCGAGUCUCUGCUGCUUUAUCAGGAGCUCGUGAGGAAGGGAGUGCGAGGCCUGAUAGAGCUGAUGAAGGAGGACUACAGUGAGAUCCUUCACAAGAAGUCUGAAGUCUUCCAUCUCUGCAAUUACUGCACCCAAAUCCUGCAGAGGACGGAGCAGCUGUUUGAGGUUAUGAUGCAGGCCAACAUGCUGUCCUCAGAGUACGACGAGAUCUGUGACAUGCACAAGAAAGUCCUCAGAAUCUCUGGUUCUCUGGAGCCCAUCGAGCGAACGUCUCAGGAUUUGAAGUCUAAGUUCCUCCCCUCCGGGCUGCUGAGUGACAGCUGGAUCCUGCAGGUUGGAACGCACCCCGAGGACCGGAAUGUGGAGAAGAUCAAAGUGCUGCUGGACUCCAUCACAGCCAUCUACCAUCAGUUCAAGAAGGACAAAGCUGAGAGGCGUCUGCCGUACAACGAGGAGCAGAUCCACAAAUUUGACAAGCAGAAGUUGGUGCUUCAUGCGUCUAAAGCGCGCUCCCUCUUCACGGAGGAAUGCGCCAUGAAGUACCGCCUCUUCAUCUCCAAGAGCGAGGAGUGGAUGAGGAAGGUGCAUCACGUGAGGAAGCAGCUGCUGGGAGUCUCCUCUCAGCUGAUGAACAUCGAGAAGGAGAUCACUCUGUUGAUGGAGCGGGCGCUCAAGCUGCAGGAGCACGUCCCUCAGAAGCUCCUCCCCCUCCUCUCCUCAGGGAUGAAGCCUCAAGCUUUCCUCAGCCAGAACACGCUGGUGGAGAUGACUCUGGGGAUGAAGAAGCUGAAGGAGGAGAUGGAGGGCGUCGUGAAGGAGCUCAACGAGAACAACCACUUCCUGGAGAGGUUCGGGACUCUGACGCUGGACGGGGGUCUGAGAGGGUGAACGGGGGUCUGAGAGGAUGAACAUGAGUGUUUCUCCGGAGGUUUCUGCAGUGUGUAAAUAUCCUGAAGAGUUUCCUGUAAAUAAUAAUAACUGUCAGAAACAGCUUUUCUACUUCCUGUUACUGCUGCUUCAAACACGCUUUAAACGCUGAAAAUCCCUUAAAAUCCCUUAAGUACUUCUUAAUUUACCCCUUAAAACACAGACUAUGGUGAACGUUUAAUUAGGACAUUAAUAAUAAACGGCAAGGUGUUAUUAAGUGUAUGGGAUAUUUCAAAAUGAUUUAUGAUAUUUAAGGGAACAUUUAAGUAUUCCCUUAAAUAUACAAAAUAAUACUUAAUUUAAAAAAAAAAAUUAAAUCAAUUUUUUUUUGUCUGCCAAAUAUAUGGAUCUUUUAAAAUGAGAUUUCAGGGUAAAUUGAGGAUUAUUUAAGUGUUUUUUUAAGGGGUUAUUGUAUCCAUGGGUUGAAAUAAAUUAAGAUAUUUCUAAGGUUUUUUCUGUAUUCUUUAAUUGGAUAAAAAGUAAGGGUAACUUUUGAGGCUAUUUCAAGGAGUUUUUAACCCUUAAGAAAAGGCCUUAACUGUGCAGAAAGACUUAAAAAUACCUUAAUAUAAAGCCCUUAAUUGUGUCUUUAAUUACUCUAAUGUGUAACCUGAUGGCCUUUUAAAAUGAAAUGUAAGUGGGUUUAGUUUAAAGAUACCGAUGACCUUUGUUCAUUAUUGAUUGUUCUUAAAGGCCGAUCAAUAAUGAACGAGUUGAAUCAUUGAAUCAUAUAUCGAUGAGUCUCCGGUCAGUACCCAUCUCUUCCUGUUGUCGAUAAUCAGCGAUGGAACAACUUGUAAAUAAAGAUAUAUCUUAUCAAA